CGCUCUUGCUGUUAAGCAGUCGGAGGGGAAUUCCUCCCUCACUCAGCCUGUGAGCUCACUCAGAGACGCCAUACGGCCUGCAGGACUCUCCAGAGCUGACACCUUCAGCACACGACGUUCAGCAAUUCCCGUUUGGUCUCCAUCAGCUUCUGCCCACAGAAUGACGAGCUCCAAGUCAUCCAAGACCACCUGCAACAUUGUCAUGGCGAUCCUUGUUAUUUGGUCUAUCAUUUCUCUCGUCAUAAUCAUCGUGUGGGCAACCUCAUCGGAAAGAAAAGAACAAGCGAACAAGUGUACGACAGAACUUGAAGCCCAAAUCCAGGAGUACAGGAGUGCCAGCGUAGUGUGGGCAAAGGACAGGGAAGCUCUGGAGGAGCUUAUAGAGAAAAGCCGCGAAAAGGAGGCACAGCUGAGCCAAGACAUCAGCAGGCUUUGGGAAAGCCAGCACAAGACCAAUGAAUCCCUGAAGAUCAGCUUGGAGGAAAACGUCAUCUUAAGGGACAACAUAACAGCGCUGGAAAAUGAAACCAAGUCACAGAGAGAAUUAGUGAAGAACCUCACUUCAGAAAUAACGGCACACAAAGAGAAACUGGAAGACCUGCAGUACAAUCUGACACAGGCUUUCCACCUGAAGGAAUCAUGUGAGGCAUCAUGGGCCGCCGCCAUCAACCACCAGAGGGCGGCAGAGAGCCGGUACAAUGCAUUGAACAUCAGCCACAUGUCCCUGCAGAACCAGCUAAAUCGGUGCAAGAAGGAUAACAGCAGCAUCAGCCAGCAGAACCAGCAGAACCAGCAGAGUCAUCAGAGUCAGCCAGACAGUGGCUCCCCCAGACUCCUCACCGGCACCUUUGCUCUUUUAGUCCUCCCCUUCGUCAGCCUUCAUUUGCUGUGUGUCUUGUGAGUUACAUGCCUUUUAAAUGCAGGCCUGACUGAUUUCAUACCUUAAAAAUGAAGACACAUUCUUAUUCAUGGAUAAGGAACAUAGGCUGUAUGCAUUUUAAAAAGUUCUUAUUAAGGAAAGAAUCUGGCUUGCUUAUUUCCUAUUUACAGCAAACAAACAAAUAAACAGACAAACUGCAUAGAACAGAAUUUUGUGAUUGGCUGGCGUUUGCCCAGUCUUGGAGCUGGCCAAGCUUGUGAUUGGCCACCCUGCAUCCCCUCGGUGGAGCCAGGCCUGUGUGAUGGCCUUCAUACAACAUUUUAUUUGCUAUACAGGAAACAUUCUAGGCCGUUUGGCACAUAUUCCAGAUCAACACUGUAUUCCAGAAUGGCUAAAUGAUGCAUUGUUUCAGGCUUAAAAGACACUCAUCAAACUCUGCUGUAAAAUGCAAUAAGUUUUCUGUUGCCAAAAAUAUAUAUCAGGAAAACCAUUAUGGAAAAAUAUAUAUAAUACCAGAACUUUUGUAUAUGAAGAUGUGGUCACUAAUGGUGAUGUAAAUGUAAUUGAUAAAUCCUAUUGAUUUCAUUGACCUAACUCUUACUGUAUAAGACGUUUCUAUUGUUCUUCUGAUACAUUGUUAGUGUAGCUGUAUUUGUUGCAGUUGGGUUUACAAAUAACCCUUGCAUUCAUUUGCUCUGUGUAUGGAGCUAAAUUUAUGGAAAUUAAAUUUGAACUUAAAACGUGUAAUGGGUUUUUUUCCUUAAAGACUUAAUAACCUAAUAUUAAUCUUAUAAUACUGUAUUAAUAACAUUAUAUUAAUUUAAAACAUUCCCGUAGUUCUAGAUUUUGUUUUAAAUUUGUUGGCCUAGCUGAGUAACUAUGUUUCCCAUAACCAAAGACAUGAGUGUUUAGCAUUUCACAAGGUAGCGUACCACCAUUUUGUAGAAAUGUAUGUAAAUUUGUAUAAUUGUUGCAGUUAAUUAUGUUACAGUUUACUUGUCUCACAGAACAAUUUUUGACUGCAGCAUAAACUAAUUUCUAUGGAGUGAGAUUAGCACCAAAAUAAAUUAAUAUGGAUUGAAGAAUGUUG